CCCUUUGUCAUCCUCCACACACACCGCCCACGGGUCCAACACAAGAACGUUCCCGCAGUGACAAUAACAGAUGAUGACUAAAUAAUACAAUUCUUUACAACGCUGUUAACAGUCAUUUAAUACGAUACUUUUUGCUUUAGCUGCAGACGAUGGAAGAGAAAACAACUCCUGACUUGGACGGAGAGCCCGAGGAGCUGAGAGACUCUGCUAACGCAGAGCAUGAGCUGAGGCUGGUGUUGCUGGGAUGGACAGGCACGGGGAAAAGCAGUAUGGGUAACGGCAUCCUCGGCACUCCGGUGUUUGAUACCCGCCGUGGUUACACCUCUCAGAAGCCAGUAACCAUGAAGUGUGAGAAGGGGUGUGCAAGUGUUGCUGGAAGGCAGGUGGUUGUGGUGGACACGCCAGACUGGUUCUACUCUGAGAGGCCCCUAGAGGAAGUGUACCGCCAGCUGGCUCUUUGUGAAUCUCUGUCCUCUCCAGGACCCCAUGCCUUCCUGCUCUGCAUCUCUGUCCAUCGCCCAUGUGAGAACCUCCAGGCUCUGGAUGCUUUAGAGAAAGUGUUCGGUCUUGAAGCCAUCACUAAACACACUAUUGUCCUGUUUACUGAUAUGGACCAGCUGUCAGAGGGUCAAACACUGCAGGAGUUUCUUAACACCGAGCAGAAGGAUUUACUGGAAUUGUUGCAGAGGUGUGGAGACCGUUAUCAUGUCAUAAGGGUAGAAGGAGAAAAAGAGGAGGAGAAAAGCCAAAAGUGUGUGGAGGAGUUGCUGGAAAAGGUGGAAGAGAUGGUAAAACAGAGCGGGAAGGAAUUUUACAUCUGCCCACCUCUUCCUCAAACAGAGGAGACAGUGAGGAGGAUGGAAGCGAGUAAUGAGGAAAGCUCAUCUAAUGAAGACAUGAGCAAGGGGGACGACAAGUACGAGAAGCACUCAGACAUGGAGCGAGAAGCGAGUUCAGAGAAAAUGGAGCCGAGUGCAGAUGGUCUGGAGGUGGAGGAGGACAUUGCUUUAUCUCCUCCUGCACCUCCUCCUUCGUUCUUGCACUGGGUUUGGGACACAGUGGUUGGGUGGGUGCUGUGGCUGCCCAAUCUGCUCAGGGGUACAACUUUGCUCGGCUCUGUUGUUGGGUUGUUUUUUGGGGGUGCUAUGGGGGCUACCGUGGGCUCUGUUGCCACCGAGGUGAGCAGAAGAAAAAACAAAGCAAAAGUUAAAACAAAGUAACAUUCAAUUUAUGCAUAAAAAAACACUUAAUAUGUAUUAGGUUUGCUUCAGAGUAAGUAAUCGUGGGCUCAGGUGAGCAAAAUAUAAACAGUUAAAUUGCAUUCAUACGUAAUUAAUACCAAACCAACGUACUAUUUCUUAGCUAAUAUCAAAUGAUAAAUAUUAUUUAGCUGUGGCUUUUUCUGCUCUAGCUUUGUAAAAGUACAUUUAUAUAAAGGUUGUCGUGAAAGAUUUAUAAACACAUUACACUAUACACUGAAAACACUUUAAGGCUUUUUUACUUCUAAGCCAACAGAAAAAAGGUUCAUGCCUUUUUUAUACAGUAUAUUAGAAUCACUAAAGAUGUUUCUAUAAUAUAAUAAUGUUUUAUUACUAUACUCAUCAGGGCAUGAAGGUAGUUUACCAAGGUAGGAAAGUGGAUGUUGUCUCUAAUGACAGAGAGUCAAAUUACUAAGUGGUAUUGCUUCCAAAUGAAAGUUGUUUACCACUUGGGUUUUACUCUGCUCAUUUAUUUCCAUGACUUUGAAGCUGUCCAAACAUCAGAGAUUUAGACUGUUACAUUGCCUAGUUGAUUAUUUAGGAAGUUUGGAAGAAUGAUUUAAGAGAUGAAUAAUAAUUUGUUUAUCUACUGUAGCAUGGUAUGUGCUAAACAUACAUGGUGUUCAUGUGUCUUUUGUUUGCACCAGCUCUCAUCAUUCACUUUCGUAGCACAAAUUAAUGACUUAUUUUUUUUAACCUUCAUAAAAUUUCCCUACACAUUUGCAGUGAUUCUACUUUACAUGCAUAUGGGAUACAUGGUUUUUGAAAGCUGUUACCAAUUGUCGAUAACAGUAUAUUAUUAGACACAGCUCAAGUGCUACAUUACUCAUACAGCACAUGCUGUUUAGACAGCUUUUUGAUUCACUGAGAAAAAAAAUCUGUUUUAUUACGCACUUGGCAGGAAUACUCUGUAGCGUAUGCAUUUUGUGCGACUGCAAAUGCAAAAGUAAAACUAAAACAAAAUACUUCAAA